AUGAGAAUCAUUGUGCGUGGAAGACAGGCUAGCAGGUCCGAGGCGCCGAUCUUAGUGGUUGCACCCCAUUCGACCUUCAUGGACGGCGGGAUCGUCUACAUAACCGGCUUCCCUUCGAUCAUCGUAAGACGAGAAUCGGGGCUGAAUCCGUUUAUCGGAAAACUUAUCAACUAUACGCAACCAGUCUAUGUUUGGAGGGACGACCCGAAUUCACGGCAAAAUACGAUCAAGGAAAUUAUCGAAAGAGCUACUUCGAAAGAGGACUGGCCACAGGUGAUGAUCUUCCCAGAGGGUACCUGUACAAAUCGAUCUUGCCUAAUUACUUUCAAAUCAGGUGCAUUUUAUCCCGGUGUUCCUGUUCAGCCUGUGUGCAUCAGGUAUCCUAAUAAAUUGGACACGGUCACGUGGACUUGGGAAGGUCCUGGAGCGCUAAAAUUACUAUGGCUGACGCUGACCCAACUGAACAGCAGUUGCGAAAUCGAGUUCCUUCCUGUUUACAAGCCAAGCGAAGCCGAGAAAACGGAUCCUAAGCUUUAUGCGAACAACGUGCGACGACUAAUGGCAGAAGCGUUGCAGAUCCCUGUAUCAGACUAUACGUACGACGAUUGUAGAAUCAUUAGUAAAGCCCAUCAGUUGCACAUGCCUCGUGCGUCCAUUUUAGUAGAAGCCCAUAAGCUUCGUAAUAAACUCGGGUUAGUAACAUCGAAGACAGAAGAAGAAUUACUUCAGAAAAAGACGACGAGAUUUAGCGAGGAUGUCGACCAGCACGAAUUCGCCCAACUUCUCAGAAUCGAUGAAAACGAACCUGCUGCUCAACAGCUCUUCCGGAUACAUGACAGAGUCUGUGUUAUUUGA